AAUGUCAAAUUACAAAAUCAGAUUGACGUUUUACGAUGGACUCUUGCCCAAGUAACGAAAGUGAACUAAAAUGCAUAAAACCAGAAGACAUUUUAUCUUCACAGUCCCUUUAUUGGCUGGGAAAAUCGGAAAUUUUCAAUGAUAUUACUGUACCACCAUUCAUAAGAAAUGUUAUUAUGUGUAUCCUGAGUGAAUGCCUAAACGAGCUGAUUAUUCUUCGUAGCAUCAAUCUACAGAGUGAUUUAGGACUGAAUCCGGAUCGGCUACCUCAGUAUGUAAGCAUAGAGACCCGUUAUAUGGGUCAGGAGAAUCAUGCCGAAUAUAGAAUAAAUUCCCAAAAUAGCAGUUUUGAUAAGCUGGCCAAAGAUAUUAAUAUGCUUUUUGUGGUGCUUAAGGAAACUUCCCUCGAAAUAAAAAAGUACGGUACUUUUAACGUGCUUAAAGAUACUAUAAAAUUAAUAAAUCAAAUGCAAGAAGAAGAGGAACAACUGCUGGCAGAUGAAGCAAGCCAAGAAAGAGUUAUUGAGGAUCUGAAGAGUCAACUUGAAGAAGAACGAUUGGACAAUAUCCGAACAAUUGAAGAGACUGAUGCAAAGAUACAAAAGCUCAGAUUUCAGGUCGAAGAUAUUUUUAUAUAUAAUCAGCUAGAAGUGUUGCAUUUUGAUCAAUGGGAAAAAGCUAGAAUAGAACAAAACCUAAUGAAAUGCAAAGAAAAGGAAAGUCAUUACAAUAAUAUCAUUAAGGAAACAGAGGAAAAAAUUAAUGUGGAAAAUAGAUGUCAUAACGAACUGGAAAGCUACUUCGAAGAAACUAAAAAUGAAUUAUUUGAUGAAAUUCAAUUCUGGAUGAAAAAAUAUGAUGAAGAAUUCGAGGGAAAAGAAUCAGACACAAUUAAUUUACGUGCAGCCCUGGAAAAAUUAACCGAAGAACGACGUAUUUUAACAGAAAAGUAUGAAAAAAGAAAAGCAGAAAUUGACGAUUGGUUGGAAUACAAAAGGAUAAGAGACGAAAAGGAGGCUCAGAGACUGAAAGAGAUAGCAGCUGCUACCAAGAUACAGGCUUGGUGGAGAGGUGUUAUGUUUAGAAAGAAACUGGGUCCUUAUAGAAAGAAGAAAGGUAAAGGAAAGGACAAAGGUAAAAAGAAAAAAGGGAAAAAAUAGUUUAUAACGAAUAAAAAAAUAGAAAGGGUAAUAAUAUAUUUGAAAAGAUUCUUUGUAUUAUAUCUAUAUAAAAUAAAUAAUAAAUUAAAUAGUA